AUGGCGUCCACUCGAAAACCCAGUGGUCAUGGAGCUGAAGUCGAAGCUCAGAAACGUCCCUCUUCGAAUAGUAACACUAAGUCAGUUAAAGCAGAGGUAGUUGAGUCGUUGCAGUUACACAAAUCAGUCACAAAUUCAACUGGUGUAGGAAUACCGGAGAGCAAAAGGUUGCCUGAGUCGUUUAGGAAGCGAUCUGGUGAUCCUGCUGUUGCUAAACCCGAAUUUACUUCCUUAUCCACUGUUCUUGAGCAUGUUGAUUCAUUGACUAUUGAUAACAAGGACCAGGAGAAGAAAACAUCAGGCUUUGGCAGUGUUAAAACCAGCUCUGCCUCGGCGAAAGUGAGUGAUGGUACGAGCAGUCUUGGUAAGACAAGUGGAAGUGCUAAGCUAAGUGGCCGUCUUGAUUUCAUGGAGAGUGGUAAGAGCAGUAUCUGCAGAGGAAGCACAAGCAGUGAUGUGAGCGAUGAGAGUAGUUGCAGUAGCUUUAGUAGUACUGUUAACAAACCACACAAGGCCAAUGACUUGAGAUGGGAAGCAAUACAGGUGGUUAGGGCUCGGGAUGGGGUCUUGGGUUUGAGCCAUUUUAGGCUUCUGAAGAGGCUGGGGUGCGGGGACAUUGGGAGUGUUUAUCUCUCUGAGCUGAGUGGGACAAAGUGUUAUUUUGCAAUGAAGGUUAUGGACAAGACAUCUCUUGCGAGCCGCAAGAAGCUUCUUCGGGCUCAGACCGAAAGAGAGAUUCUACAGUCUUUGGAUCACCCGUUUCUCCCUACCCUCUACACUCACUUUGAUACUGAGAAGUUCUCGUGCCUUGUGAUGGAAUUCUGUCCUGGAGGAGACUUGCAUACUCUCAGGCAACGCCAGCCCGGAAAGCAUUUUUCCGAGCAAGCGGUAAAAUUUUACAUAGCAGAGUCAUUGCUAGCUUUGGAAUACCUGCACAUGCUGGGAAUUGUGUAUCGCGAUCUUAAGCCUGAAAAUGUCCUAGUUCGGGAAGAUGGACAUAUAAUGCUCUCUGAUUUUGACCUCUCACUCCGCUGUCUUGUCAGCCCGACUCUAGUGAAAUCUGCCGCCAUCGAGUCAGAUCCAUUACGCAAAAACGUUUACUGUGUGCAGCCUGCUUGCAUUGAGCCCUCCUGCAUUCAACCGUCUUGCACCGUCCCUACCACUUGCUUCUCCCCACGUUUGUUCUCAAGCAAGUCUAAAAAGGACCGUAAGCCCAAGAACGACACUGCACAUCAAGUUAGGCCAUUGCCAGAGCUGGUAGCUGAGCCAACCGAUGCGCGGUCCAUGUCAUUUGUGGGCACGCAUGAGUACUUGGCCCCAGAGAUCAUCAAAGGGGAAGGACAUGGGAGUGCAGUGGAUUGGUGGACUUUUGGGAUAUUUUUGUACGAGCUUCUCUUUGGGAGAACACCUUUCAAGGGCUCGGGAAACCGACAAACACUGUUCAAUGUGGUAGGUCAGCCUCUGAGGUUCCCGGAAACACCUGUGGUGAGUUUUGCAGCGAGAGACCUCAUCCGGGGCCUGCUCAUGAAGGAGCCGCAACAGCGGCUGGGGUUCAAACGGGGAGCCACUGAGGUUAAGCAGCACCCGUUCUUCGAAGGUGUGAACUGGGCUUUGAUUCGGUGUGCGACUCCACCAGAAAUCCCAAAGCCGGUUGAGCUGGAGAAGGGACCUACGAGUGUUGCAGAGGCACCACCGAGCCAGAAGACAGCAGCCGGUUUGGUUCUGAAUGCUCAGAAAGGAUCGGAUAACUAUUUGGAAUUCGAUUUCUUCUAG